AUGGGAUUAGUUGAUGCAGCAAUUACUUCUGCUAUGGCAUUACAAAUUUUUAAACCGAAGUUAAUUGCAAUGAGUGGAAUCUGUGCUGGAAUAGAAGGCAAGGCUGAAAUUUAUGAUAUUACAAUUCCUGAACUAUGUUAUCAGCAUGACUCGGGUAAAUGGUCAAUAGAUGGUUUUACACCUGAAUCAUAUUCAAUCCAGCUUGAUCAUGCCGUAAAGUUAAAAAUAAAAGAUCUAAUUUCUCAGGAUCAUUUUAUUAAAACUAUUUUUAAUGGAAUUUCACCUAAAAGAUCUGAAAUACCCGAGCAUUCAGAACAAAUAAGUACAAGAAUUACCUUAGGAACUUUAUCUAGUGGUAGUGCUGUUGUAGCUGAUAAAGACAUCAACACAGUUAUUAGCAAUCAACACAGAAGAAUUUCAGCAUUUGAGAUGGAAUCGUAUGCACUUUAUGAAGCAGCUAGGUUAGCGGAUUUUAAACCUAUGUUUUUUAGUGCUAAAGCAGUAGUAGAUAAUGGUACACCUGGUAAAAAUGAUGAUUUCCAUAGGAUUGCAUGUUUAAUAUCUGCAAAAACUACUAUCGAAAUUAUAAAAGGAUUGCUUAACUAA